CGACACGAAAGUGAUUCUUAUCUCAUUCAGUUCUUGUACAGUACUUUAGUAUAGUAGUACCAUUUCGUCUUUGAUAUUGCUCUUGAACUAUCCUUGACAGCCCACAUCAGUCUGAAUAUUACCUAUAUACUGUUUCAACCAUUAUACCUCGAUGAUAGAAUCGCCCUUUAGGUGUGGAGUAAUUGACUACAGAGACACAGUCCGCUGCCUGGUUGGGCCGAGCUCGUUGCUCCUUCUCCUUCUCUAAUCUUGCAUGCCGACUGUUGGAACCUGCCUUCCUUUGACUCCAGCUUUUACCCUCCAUGACCUUUCUUAUUUAUCCCACCCAAUCUUCUUCAACAUCGACAUAGAAAUUGCUCGUUAUCGUGCUGUUCGUUAUCAUUGUCAAAGAAAGCCCGUACUUAAUCCCUUAGCACCAUGGACACAUUACUAACUGCUGAAAUUAUCGCCAAUUCCCCGCGUUUCCGACGGAAGUCUUCUACCUUCGUCGAUGCGAUUCAUGACUUACCCGAGAAGGCCGAUCUGGCUCCGGCCCAGCUCUACAGUACCGAGUCAGGACGGCUUUUCCACUCCGGCCGAAUCGUCAUUAUCACCGUGGGGUUACCGGCGAGGGGUAAAACACAUAUGUCUGUAGCUCUAGCGCGAUAUCUACGAUGGUUAGGUGUGAAAACAAGAAUAUUUCAUCUAGGAGAUUAUAGACGUGCAACCAUUCCCUUUGGCCAGGAUAUUCCAGACGACUACUUCUUUGUGAACGCAUCCGCUUCAUCGGUCCUCUUAAGACAAAAGAUUGUGAAACGGUGCCGGGAAGAUAUUUAUCAGUUUUUGAACCAUGAAAAUGGACAGAUAGCCAUUUACGACGCUGUCAAUCCAUUGGCAUCCGGUCGGCGAUCACUCGCAAAAGAAUUCGCCAAGCAUGACAUUGAGACACUAUUCAUUGAGUCGUGGUGUGACGACGAACGCAUAAUCGAAGAAAACGUCCGAAGGGUCAAAAUAUCCUCACCCGAUUAUGUGGGCUGGAGCUCGGAAGAUGCGGUGAAACAUUACUUGACUCGGAUAGCCGCUCGUAUCCCUCAAUUUCAGUCAAUGGAGGAGACGGAUCUGAACUAUAUCAAGAUGAUGAAUGCUGGGGAAAGGUUAAUUGUGAACAAUCGAAGCUUCGGCUAUCUUUCCAACCGAAUAGUGUUCUAUCUCCUCAAUCUUCACAUCAAAUCCAGACACACGUACUUUGCACGGGCUGGCGUAUCGCUGGAAGCGGAUUCUUACAAAGCAGAUGCCUCGCUGUCUGAGCAGGGCGAAGACUAUGCGAAGAAGAUGACGGAGUCCUUGCUGAAGCAUAGGGAGUCUGAAAGACAAGCAAUGAUCGACGAGGGAGAACCGAGUUAUGAGUUAAAACCACUAACGGUCUGGACCUCAACACGAAGAAGGACAGUUGAGACGGCAAAGUAUCUUCAUGAAAAAGGAUACAAAGUGCGACAGCGAUCUCAGAUGAGCCAGCUAAAUCCCGGAGUUUGCGAGAAGAUGUCAGAGGCGAAGAUCCGUCAGGAGUAUCCGGAAGAGGUUGCAAAACACGAACUUGACCCCUACCAUCAUCGGUAUCCGCGGGCGGAGUCAUACCAUGACCUUGCAGUUCGGCUCGAACCUAUCAUUCUAGAGCUCGAGCGUGAACAGAACGAUCUGCUGAUUAUCGCACAUGAAAGCGUGCUGAGAGUCUUAUACGGGUACUUGAUGGCCUGCAAUGCUGCGGAUAUUCCGUUCUUGGAUUUCCCUCGCGACGAGAUUAUUGAAAUCAUACCCGAAAGCUAUCAAAACGAAGCACGCAGGAUCCAUAUCUCUGGCCUUCCCAGAGAAAUCGUCCCCGGUUCUCCUCAGGACAUCAAGAUCCCUGUGCCCCCCAGCGGAGUGACGACCCCUUUGGCCGCUGAUCUUGGCAGCCCGCGCGAGGGUCUCUCGACUCCACAGAGCGGCCUCCGAACCCCGCGCGAACCGGAAAGAAUCUCACAGCAGCAUGUUGAAGACAGCAAAGGGGAAACUCAACGUGAACUCAACCGUGAGCCAAAGGGAUUCUUAUCGAUAAGCUCCCCCUCCCUUCAGCAGCACAAAAAGUCAGUCGAUUUGCGACAGACCGCCCUGCCCGCCCCCCGCCGGCCUCUCUUACCUUUUCCUCCCAAGCGGUGGUUCCUCAUCUCCUUUUCAGACCUGUUGGGCUCCGAUUUCACCAGCUCAAUGGUCUCUGUCACCACCGAGUACAUUAGCGUUGGGGGCAAUAGGCAUCCCGCCGCCGCCGAUUGGGACGUCCGGACCGGCGUGCUCGCCUUCGGUGCCGAUAACAAUGUAGCACUAUGGAACCCAAAUGAUAGUACGCAGCGCGGUGUCUAUUCACUCCUUGUCGGCCACACCGACAAGGUCAGCGCCGUUCGAUUCUACACCUGCCCUACUACAGACACUAAAUACCUCUUGACCGGGUCAGUCGACCAUACAAUCCGUCUAUGGCGAGCGCACUCAGUUGACUCGCGUCAAUUCGUGCACGUGCAUACCCUUGAAGGCCAUACUGGCUCAGUCAAUACCAUUGCCGUGGCUGACGGGCACGAGAUUGUGGCAACCGGAGCCGCUGAUGGAACCGUCAAAGUAUGGAAGAUUCAUGCCCAGGGCGAAGCAAAGGGGGAGCUGCUCAAGUCAAUAACCAUGAAGCCACGGUUCUUUCCACUGGCCUUGGCAUUGAGCCCUCUUCAGUCGGAGUCGGAUACCAGACCCGUUGCCUUAGCGGUUGCAGGCACCACCAAUGCCGUGCAAAUUUACGUGGCGGAGAACACCCUUACGGCUCUUGAAUUCAAGCUCUCGGCCGUGUUGUCUGGACAUGAAGCUUGGGUACGGUCUUUGAAUUUCACGUUGGACAAGCAGAGCGCAGCCGGUGACAUUCUACUGGCAUCGGCGAGUCAAGACAAAUAUGUCCGACUCUGGAGACUGCAGCGUGGGGAAGCGACUACUACUGCCCCGGCCGAUUAUGUUGAUCCCAUGUUAGGUGGCGCUGAGACAACUCUUUCGAACAAAGCCCACCAAUUCGAGGUAACCGGGGUGAAAUUCUCCGUCACCUUCGAAGCGCUACUUUUCGGAAACGAGGACUGGAUCUACACCGCCAACUGGAAUCCCAAUCCAGAGCGUCAGCAGCUCCUCACUUCCUCGGCUGAUAAUACACUAACAAUUUGGGAGCAAGAUCCUGCUUCCGGGGUGUGGCUCUCCGCCGAGAGGAUGGGAGAGAUUAGCGUCCAGAAAGGCUCAACAACCGCGACUGGCAGUACAGGUGGGUUUUGGAUUGGCCUCUGGUCUCCAGAUGGCACGCAGGUUGCCAGCCUCGGCCGUACCGGUAGCUGGCGAGCAUGGAAAUAUGAUGCAGCAUCUGAUUUGUGGGUGCAAUCUCUUGGGAUUUCUGGACAUGUACGGUCGGUCAACGGCGUACAAUGGGAGCCUUCUGGCGGAUACCUCCUGUCGACUAGCGCCGACCAAACCACGCGCCUUCAUGCCAAAUGGGAGCGCGAAGGACUUCAGUCUUGGCAUGAGUUCUCCCGUCCUCAAAUACAUGGGUACGACUUGAACUGUAUCGAUACUCUAGGACCGGCUAGAUUUGUGUCUGGCGCAGACGAGAAGCUCCUGCGGGUUUUCAACGAACCUCGACCAAUCGCGAAACUACUGGAGAAGCUCUCCGGCUUCAAGCAAUCCGAAGAGGAUCAACUACCUGACACAGCCGAGAUCCCUGUGCUGGGUUUGUCAAACCAAGCUCCGGCUGACGAUGCCCCCGGAGGAGAGGAGGAAACAGAUAACGCAUAUAUGGAGAAGACACAGGCUACCUCAACGACACUUUUAGAGUCAAAUCAACCGCCGUUUGAGGAUCAACUGUCUCGUCACACCCUAUGGCCCGAGCAUGAGAAGUUAUAUGGCCACGGCUAUGAAAUUUCUGCUGUAGCCGUUAGCCAUGACCGCACGCUUAUCGCCACAGCCUGCAAAGCGAGCUCGAUUGACCAUGCGGUGGUUCGUUUAUAUGACACUUCCGACUGGCAUGAGAUUCGGCCCUCCCUUGCCGCUCAUACCUUGACCAUCACAAGUCUCUGUUUCUCUAGUGAUGAUCAGCAUCUUCUCAGCGUUGGUCGUGACAGACAAUGGGCUGUGUACAAGCGCAGCGAGCAAGACCCCUCAACCUUCUCAAUUCUGACGAACAAUCCCAAGGGCCAUUCACGUAUGAUUCUCGACGCUGCAUGGGCUCCGAUAUCACAGACUCCUAUCUUCGCGACUGCUGGCCGCGACAAGUCAGUGAAGGUCUGGCAAAUGCGUGACGGUGCAUGCGAAUGCAAAGCGACAAUCCCCUUGAAAACCCCUGUAACUGCCAUCUCAUUCCUUUCGAGUAUACAGAAGGAUUCGUUCAUUCUCGCCGCGGGCGAAGAGAGCGGGGAGCUGUCUAUCCACCGUAUUGCCAUCGGCAGUCUGCAAACUAGUCACCUGGCAAGCGUUGACAAGCUCAAAUCGCCGUCCAAGGCCAUUACUCAACUUUCCUGGUGGCCGGGCCAGAAGGAAGCGGCGCCACAUUUCGUGCUUGCCGUGGCAAGUGAAGAUACCUCGUUGCGCGUAUAUGAUUUCUCAGAUUUGGUUUCAUGAGCGGAAGAUUGGUAUAUCCAGGUACACGUAGUAUAUUCGCAGUAGGAGAC